CGUUUCAAGCGGCUCCGCUACCAGGCUGCUGAGGGGCCCCGAGAGGCUUGCAGCCAACUCCACCGACUUUCCCGGGAGUGGCUGAGGCCAGAGCAACACACCAAAAACCAAAUCCUGGACCUGGUGGUCCUGGAGCAGUUCCUGGCCAUCCUGCCAGCGGAGAUGGCGAACUGGGUGAGGGAGUGUGGAGCAGAGAGCAGUUCCCAGGCGGUGGCCCUGGCGGAGGGCUUCCUCCUGAGCCAGUCAGUGGAGAACAAAUUGGAGGAGGAGCAGGUGAAGAAUCUGUUUGUAGAAGCGGGACCUGAUUUCCCUGCAGCAGAGAGAGCUGUCUCAGGCUCUGAACUGCGUCCACCCCAAACUGAGAUCAAGCGGGAGCAAGAUGGGUGCCUCUCCUUUCAGGGAGCAGGCAUGUUGGCAGAAAUGGAUACCCAUCCAUCUCUUUUUCUUCAGGAAGGAGUGAAACUGGAUCAGGCUCUGGUGACCUUUGAGGAGGUUGCCGUGUGCUUCACGGAGGAGGAGUGGGCCCUGCUGGAUGCUGGCCAGAGAGCCCUGCACAGCCAGAUCAUGGAGGAGAAUCGCAGGACUGUGGCCUCUCUCGUAGGCAAAUGACAGAACAGUAUUGUAAAAGCAGUUUAAAGACACACGCCUCAAGCAAGCCACAGACAGUGGCACAGGAAUGCUUAAAGCAGCUCAGAGUGUUGAAAGCCGUCCUCAGCACGACACCGAUAAAGCCAGCUGAGAAGGGACACAUCUUCAAGACUUAGCCUUGGCUUUCUGCUAGUCUGUCCAGUCUUGUCUGUGAACAGGGGCCAGCAAAUCAAGCCAGAACUUGCCCUGGAAGCAAAAAUGACGAAACGGAAGCUGUCCAAGGUUGGGUACCUCCUGAGAAGGACACACUUCCUGGAGAAGACCACCCUGCUAGGGAAAGUCGCAGGCAGCAGAAGAACAGGGAGGCCCAUUAGGAGACGGAUCGACUCCAUCAAGGCAGCUGCAUCCCGGGAUUCGCCAGGCUUGCGUAAGGCUGUGAAGCACAGGACUCUCAUUCAUAGGACUGCCACAAGCCGGAGGUCCCGUGAUGGCAUGUAGGAAAGCGAAAUGCUUAUUGUCCUGCCUUCCCCGCAACAAAGGUGCACAUGGGAGCUCACCCUCAGGAGCGUCAAGAACAUCAGAACAGCGAUCUGCAUCCGGUCCCCAAGUCAGCAGGAAACCCUGGGAACCGCCACAAAUAGGAACGCACGGUUAACCCAUCACUGAAUCUGAAAGUGCAGCUCCUUCCAGAACUCAGGCUCAGCUGUGUCCCUGUGAGUCUCAUGCAGGUGCAGCCUCUCCCCACAAAUACGUAGAUCCCCAAAUCACACCCUGAUUUGCUCUAGGUGGAGGGCUGGGAAAGAGUCCUGUUCUUUCUGUCUGAAAGCAACAGGACGUGGGGAAUGGCCGUGCGCCAAGAAGUAGUCAGGAGGCCCAAGUGUUGUGGUAACACAGAGCUGGGGAACUCCUGGUCCAACGGCUACGAAUGGAACUGCUCACAGGGAGUUACAGCAGGAUUUCCAAGACAACGGCAUGCCAGAAUUGUCUUAAGAGUAAAAGCUGGCAAGCUGCUCCUUAAGUGAAGUGCAUCAUGUUUCAUGUAAGGAGAAAUUCCUGUUCUGGCAGGUGAGCCGGCAGGGAAGAUUCCUGCCUGCGGAGAUGGCUCAGACCAGAGUGCUUGCCUGCCCAAAUCUGCUCUCUGAAUGUUUGUGGCGUCAAUUGGUGUCAUAAUCCCAGGUCUGACUCUGCGUAUGCGACCCACAGCGCUCAGGUAGCCCUGCCGUGACGUUUUGCACCUUGCCGCAGGUAGGAAGCUGCUGAAGGAACCAGGUCCGUGGCUGCCAGCUUUCCCUGGUGUCGGCUCCUCUGCACUAUAUUGCACUUCUCUACCACCCUGUAGCCUGCAGGCUCUCUGGGAGGUUUACAGUGAUUAAAAUCACAUAUGCAUUCAAUCAAUAUUCGUGUUAAAUAACCCUAAAACUACAAACAACGGAACAGGAUAACAGCACAGCAAGUAGGGCCUUCUCCAGCAUUGCACCCCAUCUUUGGAAUACGAUCCGGCCUGAGGUCUGGUUGGCACCAACUCUUUUGGCUUUUAGGCGUAACUGAAAACAGACUGUUAG